AUGGACGAAGUGGGGUUAGAGGCUCUUGGUGUAGCUCAAAAUAAAACCUUUGAUGUAACUCCAGCUGCAAAUGGUGGGGCCGACACGGUGACCAUUAACGCACCCAUCCUCACAGCGUUACCGGCCAAUUCUAAAAACGAAGGAUUCAGAAAAAGACACCAAGCUAUUGCUGACAGUAAGAAACUCAGUUUGCUGGAUACUUUACAUUUGGAUUUGUUUCAACAAGAUCGAUUUCUGCCUAAUGGAGUGGACGUCCGUUUGCGAUUUAAUCGAGCUAGACCCUCUUUCUACAUGAUGAUCAAAGGAGGAAGUACAGGAAAAGUGAAAAUAUUGAGUAUGAUCUUGUGGGUGAGAAAAGUCAAACCCACAGCAGUCAUGAUGAAUACCAUUAAUCAAAGUUUGAACACCCACAGAGCCAAAUAUCCCUUGAGAAGAGUGGAAGUGAAAACCUUUACCAUCCCCAUAGGGACCCAGUCUAAGAUUACAGAUCAUCUGUUUCAAGGUCAGAUACCUAAACGUCUCAUUUUAGGCUUUGUGGAGAAUGCGGCCUUUAACGGAGAUAAAACUAAAAAUCCCUUUCAUUUCCAAAACUUUGGGAUCAAGAAAUUAGAUGUCAGUAUCAACGGAGAGACCAUGAGUACUCGUUGUUUUGAACCUCAUUUCAACGAGGAUUUAUAUCUGAGAUCUUAUCUCAGUCUGUAUCAAGCUCUGGGGAAAUUAGGAGAAGAUUGGGCUCCGGACAUUACCCUAGAAGAGUAUAAAAGCGGCUACACUCUAUGGGGUUGGGAUUUCACUAAAGAUCAAGAGGCGCAAUCGGAUAAAUUCCACAUCAUAGAAACAGGAAAUCUGAGAGUAGAAGUGCAGUUUACCAUCAAUACGGCUACCACCAUCAAUUGUGUGGUGUAUGCAGAAUUCGAUAACUUAUUAGAAAUUAACAAACAGAGAGAAGUGAGCACUGAUUACUAA